AUGCAGGCGAAGAGCGUUGCUUACGGCAUGAUUAUUGUUUGUUUCCUUCUGAAAGCCAAGGCAGAAGAAGUGGAAUGCCAUGAUGACGAAUGCAUGAAAGCACUCCCAAGAGUAAUUGUCGAAGGGCUUGAUUCAUACUUGCCAAAGCCUGCAGAUGCUGCUCCUGUGGAAGUUCAAACAGAAAUCAAGACAGUCAUCAAGGAGGUCAUUGUGGAAGUUGAUGGGCAGAACGAAGGCAGUCAUCAAGCUCCACACAUAGAAGAUCACGCAGCAAUCACAUAUACAGAUAAUCCUGCCAUAAAAGCCAUAUCACACACGCUUGGCGCACCUACCAGUACAAUACCUGAGGCCGUUAUAGGUCCUAUUCCAUUGAGCAGCUCCAUUAAGAUUGCGGAUGCUUCUGCGGCUAGUAAUGCGUCCCAGCACACAAAAUGCUAUGUCGCUGCAAAAGACAUUCAUGAUGGCAACACUGCACAGAUAGAAUCAAUUUUACUGGGCUUUGGCGCAAACAUUGUGCACAAAUACGUCAGGAACACAACAGGAAUAUCAUUCUGCUCAGACAGCCAGCACAUUCUGCCAAAGCUAACGAAUGCAGGCAUUAGUGCUGAAGAAGACAAAUUCUACACCGUGUCCUCCGUUCAAAACACAAUCCCAAACUACAUGUAUCUGAUGAAGCACUACGAAAACUACAUUCUAAACAACUAUGUCUAUGAUAGCCUGCCUUUCAGGCUCUUGCAGAUAAAAAGAAUCAUAACAUCAUUUUUUGGGUUCUACGAGUACCACUACACAGGAAAGGGCGUUGAGGUUCUACUGCUGGACACAACUGUUAAUGCUAGGCCUGGAAAUCUCAGCAACCUGAGCAAAUCAAUGAAUGCAUGCAAUCGCCAUGGAGAUAUAAUGGCUGAGCUCAUUAUUGGUACGACAAAUGGAUUUGCUAAGAACAGCCAUCUGAGUGUUAUUGAUGUUGUUGGAUGCGACGGACGUGUUUCUCUUUCGAAUAUUCUUCGUGGGCUUGAGGAUGUGCCUAAGUGGAUUCGUCCACAGAUGUUAGUGUUUGGCGUUUCAGGGCCGCACUCACACAUUCUGAAUGCAGUCGUUGACAGGAUAUCUACAUCUGGCACGGUGGUUGUGGCUCCUGCUGGAAACAUGCAUGACCAAUCAUGCAACUAUUCUCCAGGAAGCUCGAAGUCUGCUAUAACAGUUGGCUCAGUGGACAAGCAUGCGCGGAUUUCGCUGUUUUCAAACCAUGGAAGCUGUGUAAGGAUGUUUGCACUUGGCGAGCAGCUCUUUGAUGACGUUGAAGUAUCAGGCACAAGCUUUUCUGCUGCAAUUGUUGCUGGAGCGAUUGCUCUGUUCCUGGAAAAACGCCCGGGAUCUGUGUUUCAGCAGGUGUGGAAGUAUCUUAACCAGAACUCAUUCUGGAACUCAGAAGGAUCAUACAAUGUGCUGAAGAUCCCUCAUCUCGAAUCCGAAGACUACUACCAGUCAUCGUUUUUCCAGUUCACUGAGAUUCAGAACGAGAUUGUCAUGCUUGUGGUUUUUUCAGGUGUUAUACUUGCAUUAAUAUUCUUGUUUCUGCUGAUAUGGAGAUACUUCGCAAGAAAGAAGAGAUCACACGAUGACGACGAUAUCUUUUUUGAAAACCAGUAG